GUGCUUAAAGGGGCAGGCCAAGCGGAGAGAGCGUGAAUACUGAAGGUGGGUCCGUGGAGCAGACUGCCGCUGCCACUGCUGCUGAUGUCGCUGGUCGACUAACAGCAAGUUUUUCUUCGACAUAGAAGUUUGUCAGGAGAAUAAAUAGUGCUAAUUCGGCUUUAUUCUGCUUUCAACACAUCCUAGAGUGAUUAACCCAAUAGGAUAACGGACAUGAAUUUGGCUGUACCCAUGUGCGCUCGAGCGCUUUUCUUGGCUCAACUUCUGGCUUCAUUCCUCUUCAGCCCUGUGCUAGGCCAAAAUGAUGGCAGUGGUGUGGUGGUGGCCAUGUACAAUAUCAGCGCCUCCCAGGGAUCUCAGGCGGUAUUGCAAUGUCAUAGUCAGCGCAUGGUGUGGACACAAGACCGCUUAAAGGACCGCCAAAGAGUAGUGCACUGGGAUUUACUUCGUAGUGGCCCAGACCUCGCAAUGGAACGUGUCAUAGACAUGUUUUCUGCUGGAGACCAGCGCAUCUACAACGGCUACAACCAGGGCCGUAUUAACAUGCCCAAGACUGCUUUUAAGGAUGGCAACUUCUCAUUGGUGAUCAAAGAUGUUGCAAUGAGUGACAAAGGAAUCUACUCCUGUAACCUGCAUCAUCAUUACUGCCACCUGUACGAGUCAAUCAAAGUUCAGCUCAAUGUCACCAAAUCAGCACGUAAGGAGAGGCGGUUUUGGGACGGUCAGAAGGCAGUGUUUGUGGUUCUGGUGGGCAGCACGGUGGUUCUCCCUUGCGUUAACCGCCGGCCUAUCUGGACAGAGGGCAACAGUCAGGAGGACCAACAACAAGUGGUGCACUGGGACCGUCAGCCUCCAGGGGUCCGACACGACCGUGCCGAUCGGCUCAUCGACUUGUACGCUUCUGGUGAGAGGCGUCACUACGGACCACUGUUCGUUCAGCAAAAGAUGAAUAUUUCUGCCACUGCGUUCUCGCAGGGAGAUUUCUCUCUGAUCAUCUCAGACAUCCAGCCUCUGGAUAAGGGGCUAUACUCCUGUCAUCUCCACCAUCACUACUGCGGUCUGCAUGAGAGACGCAUCUUCCAGCUUACUGUGACACCUCCAGUCCCUCAGAUCCCUCAGGAACCCACAGAUGGACCUCAGUAUCUUCCCAAUGAAGACCCAAACACCAAUAUGGUGGAAGUGCCGCCACACGUAAUCAAUGUCAUCUUGCCAGAGCAAAGGAGUCACUUCCUGCAGCAGCUGGGCUACAUCCUGGCGACUCUCCUCUUACUGGCCCUUAUCGUGUUGGCUGUCAUUCUCCUCACACGUCACCGGAAAAGACAAGACCAGGAUUUUGAUCCACGGAAAGUCGAAAGUCCACCUCUGCCGACGGUGACGUAUGUGGGCCACACAUCAAGUGUUAAGAAAGAAUGUGAGCGAAGCAUCCCAGAGAUGAAGUCAAGCAACCAAGAGGAGACGAAGUUGGAUUACAAGAACAAUCUUCUGAAGGAAGCGGAAAUGUCCAAACUUUGCUCCCAAAAAGCUAUUGACCUGGACAGAGAGAUGGAGAAGCCAUCUUGGAAAUAAGAGGUACCAUGCCACUGGCUGGUCCAGGGGCAGAUUUGGAAACGGACGAAGAAUGAAAUGUGGAGAGGUGACAAUAUGGCAAGGAAAUAAAUGAAAAGGAGAGAAGGACACAGCUGUGUCGGUUUUUUUUGUCCUGACUCAAGACCCAUCAUAUUUUUGGCUCUUGUGAAGCUUGCAGGAAGCACCAGAGUCUCACCAGCAGUAUUUUGGACAACUGAUAUGUCAGACUAAUGACAAACAACUGUUUUAGAACACUAAAACGACAAGCAAAAAGCUUAAAAAUGUAAGAGUCUGCAUUUUUUUAAAUGAAUUUUUGCCCAGUGCUGCCACGCGCUUUAUGAGUGAGAAUAAAACACACCCAGAAUUCUGUGAGGUAUGGGCUAUGUAAGGAUGAGGCAUGGCCGAGGCUGUGACAUAAACAGUUAGCUCAGAAGCUUUAUGUGAGGAAGAACCUUCUUAUUCUUUGUGGAAUCAAAAAAAGUUUGCAAUUUAGGUGGUACUUUUGUAAUUAAAAGUGUAAUUAAAAAUCCACAGCUGUAUGGCCACAAAUAUCGCAGAUAAAAUGCAUUUUUAGGCUUUGUUCAUAUUCUUUUUUUAUCUUCUCAGUAGGUUUAAGCUGUGCUUUCUGAAAUAUACAAUUCAUAAGCAUUUUUUUUGUACCUUUACUGUAUUAUAUGAACACUGAAAAAAAAGAUUAAUUUAAUUUACAAUAUUUUUUAAGGUAAGUGGUUGCAAUUAAUUUAUUUUAGCUACAUUUAAAUAAAUUUAGCUAAAACACGAACUAAAUUUGUUUAUUUAAAUGUAGCUAAAAUAAAUUGAUUGCAACACUUACCUUAAAAAAUGUAGUAAAUUCAAUUAAUCAUUUUUUUUCAGCUACAUUUAAAUAAACAAACAAACAAACAAACAAACAAACAAAUUAUUAGCCUUUUUUUUCAGUGUGAACAGCAUGAUUAUUAAAAGUUCCAUUUUAAUAAUCAUACUAGGUCAAGUAUAUUUUGCUUAUAAUGUUGAUCUGUCUAUGUGGUUAUGUAAACUCAUAAUUUAGCCCAGAUUGAAUCUUUUCUAUGCUGAAUUUUCUAUGCUGGUUUUGUAUAACAGUUUUUAACAUGGAGAUUAAAGGCUACAUUCUUAUUGGUAUUUGAACACACUGUCAGUUUAGCCAAAAUAUUUCAAUAUGCUAUGUCAUAAUAUUCUAAACCUAUUUAAAUCCGUUUUUUUUCCUUCUCAUUUUGAUAUUCUAUUCCCAUUUCUAACUGUGUUAGCACAAAAAGCUACAAUUCCCUUAAUGUGUAACAUUUUCUAUCACAAUCUUCUGUAUCCUAUCAUCUAGAAAUAUUGUCUUUUCAUGUUAUUGUUUGUAUAUUAUCAUAUUUACUUUAUUUUCAAGUUACAAACCUUACUAACUGCCUUUGUCACAGUUUAUUUGAAUAUUCUACCAUUUAAUGUAUUAAUCCAUACUUGCAGCUUUGAGGUUAUUUGCAGCAAACCGUUAAGUGUGAAACUGAUUCAAAUGCAUCAAGGUACUUGUUAAACAUGAAAAUAAUUUAAUUUUAGUAGUAUGGCUAUGAAUAUUCAGGCAUGAUAGAUGCAAACAUUUCUUUUCUAGCUUGCUCAAAUCAGUGUUAUGCAAUGUGUACUGCUUUAUCUUUAACAGUUUAUUAUGGUGAAGCUGAAGCAAUGCUUUUGCCCAUUAUGAUAAUUGUAUGACACUCAGCCAGCCUCCUUUUUGAUUUCCUUAAAGGCUCCAAAUAAGAAUGUGUUAAUAUCAUUGAUUGAGAUUGCAAGAGGAAUUUGCUGGGUAGACCACAAUGCUUUUGGUACAUGAUGCCACAUAAUGAAUCAUCCUGAAGUGGUUUUAUUAUUGAUGAUUUAAUUUUCCAGUUCACUGCCAAUGUUCUCUCAUUCAAAGCAGAAUAAAAUAAACACAUUGUAACCUCUGGAUUA